AUGUCGGCGGCGGAAGGAGUCGAUCCACCACCAACAUCAGAAGGCAGCCCACCGGCCCCUGCAAGUGAGAGAGCUCCAUCUGUGGCGAUGGUUGAUAAUAUGGUGAGUCGACUUCUGCUGACGUGAUUACGGAGCAAUUGUUAUUGUAACCCUUUGACCGCACUUUUACACCUGCUGACUGUCUGUUUGCUAUUUUCAGCGUGACAACAAAUCAGCGAAAACCCAGAGUGAUGGGCUUCUGGCGGUCCCUGGGACUCGCUCGCGUGACAACUCCAUCGAGUCCCCUUCAUCCGCGGGAGAUGUGACUCUGGUCCCGGAUCAACCCAUAGCUUCGGGCACAACGACGGGCGGUGUGUCGCCUCACGAGGAUGAGGACCCGCUCAGGCCCUACAGACCGGACGAUCCCGAAUUUAUUGUGGAGGAUAAUACUUUUGCAUUCACUCCUGGCCAGCUGGGGAGGUUGUAUAUGCCAAAGAGCCAUGCGGCGCUGAGAGCCCUGGGAGGUCUCAGGGGGUUGGAGAUUGGCCUACGGACUGAUAGGAGAGCUGGUUUGAGUCUGGAUGAAACAUUGCUUGAUGGAAGAGUCUCGUUUGAACAGGCGGUUAAUCAUCAGGUGGGGGGCGGUGGGGGGCAGAGUUCAGGGGGGGGCCCGCUUGCGCCGACCGCGACGGGUGGGACUGCGCGUACCGGGGAUCUGCUGAGUGAUGCUUUUAAAGAGAGAAGGCGUGUUUUCAAAGAAAAUCGACUACCCGUAAAGAAAACAAAGAACAUCUUUCAAUUAAUGUGGAUCGCCUUUAUGGAUAAGGUACUGCUCCUGUUGUCAGGCGCAGCUGUAAUUUCGCUGGCUUUGGGGCUGUAUCAGACAUUUGGCGGCCAACAUAAGAAGGGCGAAGGUGCCAAAGUUGACUGGGUGGAAGGAGUGGCUAUUAUGGUGGCUAUCAUUAUCGUCGUUGUCGUGGGAGCCGGAAAUGACUACCAGAAGGAGAGGCAAUUCGUCAAGUUGAAUAGAAAGGUAAAGUCCUUUUUCGCCUCUGGAAGUCGUGUAAAAUCCCACUAACACGACAUUUACGGUCUGUAGAAAGAAGAUCGCGUUGUCAAGGUUAUCCGGUCUGGCAGAUCUCUGCAGAUCUCUGUUUACGACCUUCUUGUUGGCGAUGUUUGUCAUAUGGAGCCUGGUGAUCUCAUACCCGCGGAUGGUAUCUUUAUCCUGGGCCACAACGUCAAGGCUGAUGAAUCUUCUACUACCGGUGAAUCGGAUCAAAUGAAGAAAACCGCUGCCGAUGAAGUAAUGGCCAAGCUUGGGGCCAACGAGCCUGGGGUUCACAAAUUGGAUUGCUUCAUUCUAUCUGGCAGCAAGAUUCUUGAGGGUAUUGGUACUUUUAUGGUCACCAAUGUUGGUGUUCAUAGCAGCUAUGGUAAAACCAUGAUGGCGUUGAGAGAGGAAACCGAGGCUACGCCUUUGCAAAUGAAGCUGAACAACUUGGCUGAAGCAAUUGCCAAGCUUGGCGGAGCGUGAGUUUAUUGAUAUUCCCGCUAUUUGUGCAAUUGCUAAUAAUUGGCUCAGCUCCGCGUUACUCCUGUUUAUCGUUCUUUUGAUCAAGUUCCUGAUUCAGCUUAGGGGCAGUAAUGACACACCUUCUGAGAAGGGCCAGAAGUUCAUGCGCAUUCUCAUUACGGCAAUCACCGUUGUCGUUGUUGCUGUGCCGGAGGGGCUUCCACUCGCUGUUACACUUGCCUUAGCUUUUGCGACUACACGCAUGUUGAGAGAUAACAAUCUUGUCCGUGUCCUACGUGCUUGUGAGACAAUGGGAAAUGCGACGACAAUUUGCUCCGAUAAGACUGGCACACUUACACAGAACAAGAUGAGCGUGGUGGCGGGGACUCUGGGGACGGCUGCCCGUUUUGGUGACAAGAGCCCUACGACGUCAAUCAGGGGGGAUUCGAAGGACCAGUUAAUCGCUCAGGAUUCUCCAGAGGAUGUUUCGGUCACCGAAUUUGUUUCCAUGCUGUCUCACCUGGUUAAGGAUCUUCUGUGCCAGUCAAUCGUUAUCAACUCUACGGCUUUCGAGGGCGAGGAGAAUGGCCAGGUGACGUUUAUUGGAUCCAAAACCGAGACUGCUUUGCUUGGAUUUGCGCGAGAUUUCUUGGGCAUGGGGCCGGUUAAUGAGGAGCGUGCUAACUCUGAAAUUGUUCAACUCAUACCCUUUGAUUCCGGAAGAAAGUGUAUGGGCUCUGCUAUCAGGCUUCCAGGUGGCGGAUAUCGCAUGUUCGUUAAGGGCGCUUCUGAGAUUCUUUUGGCCAAGUGUACCCGGAUUGUUAAUGACAUUUCGGCGUCUGAGGUAUUGGAAACGCAACUCACAGAGGAGAAUAGGAGAACCUUGAACCAGGUUAUUUCAAACUACGCCAAUCGCUCUCUUCGUACCAUCGGUCUGGUCUACCGCGAUUUUGCUUCCUGGCCCCCGGAGAAGUCUCGAACGAUUGUUGAUGAUCCAUCUCAGGUGGAAUUUGAUGAUGUCUUUGGGGAUAUGGUUUUCUUGAGCGUCGUUGGUAUUCAGGAUCCUCUUCGUGAGGGUGUUCCGGAUGCGGUGUCUGAGUGCCAGAAGGCUGGUGUCUUUGUGCGCAUGGUUACUGGGGACAAUGUAAUCACUGCUAAGGCUAUUGCCACCGAAUGCGGAAUUUAUACUCCCGGGGGCUUUGUUAUGGAGGGACCCAAAUUCCGACAGCUCUCUACUUCGCAAAUGGAUGCGGCCAUUCCCCGUCUACAAGUGCUCGCUCGUUCUAGUCCUGAGGAUAAGAGAAUUUUGGUUCGCAGACUUAAAGAGCUUGGCGAGACUGUUGCGGUGACUGGUGAUGGAACUAACGAUGGUCCGGCUUUGAAAAUGGCAGAUGUCGGCUUCUCUAUGGGCAUUGCUGGAACUGAGGUAGCGAAGGAGGCCUCCGCGAUUAUUCUUAUGGAUGACAACUUUGCUAGCAUCGUUAAGGCCAUCAUGUGGGGAAGAGCUGUCAACGAUGCUGUCAAAAAAUUCUUGCAGGUGAGAUUUCAUGAUUCCUGCCUGUGAGUGGCCAUAAUUGAUGUUCGGUGAUAGUUCCAACUUACUGUCAACAUCACUGCUGUCCUUCUAACGUUCGUUUCGGCCGUUGCUUCUGAUGAUGAGAGUUCUGUCUUGAGCGCUGUUCAACUCCUUUGGGUCAACCUUAUCAUGGAUACUUUUGCUGCUCUUGCUUUGGCCACUGAUCCCCCUACUCGUGUCAUACUUGACCGCAAACCAGAUCCUAAGUCGGCACCUUUGAUCACAAUUACCAUGUGGAAGAUGAUUCUCGGUCAGGCUGUCUACCAACUUGUUGUUACGUUUAUUCUCAAUUUCGCCGGUAUGAGGAUUCUAGGCUAUAAUAAGGAUGAGGAAAAAGUGCUCAAAACCUUGGUUUUCAAUACAUUCGUAUGGAUGCAGAUUUUCAACCAAUACAAGUAGGUUCUUCCUUUCCUUUCCUUUCUGUGAAGUGAUAUUAACAUAUGCGUAGUAAUCGCCGGCUUGACAAUAAAUUUAACAUCUUUGAGGGUGUCCAGAACAAUUGGUUCUUCAUUGGCAUCAACUUUGUUAUGGUUGGUGGACAGAUUAUGAUUGUCUUUGUUGGUGGCGAAGCAUUCGGUGUUACAAAGCUUAACGGUGUCCAAUGGGGUAUCUCAAUUAUUCUCGGGGUCAUCUCAAUUCCUGUGGCUGUGAUCAUCAGGUUGAUUCCGGAUCCAGUCUUCGCUAAGAUCCUGCCCAACUGGAUGACCAAGAAGGAGAACAGUAACAUCUAUGUCCAUAACCAGGAUCGUUUCCAAUGGAAUGAGGGAAUCGAGGCCGUUCGCGAAGAGCUUGCGUUCCUCAAGAUGGUUCGUGGUGGUCGCCUUAACCAGCUCAAGUUUAGCCGCCAGAAUGUGAAGCAGAGCUUCUCACAUAUCUUCCGUCGUGGCGGAUCGGAGGGUGAGAUUCAUGCUGCCGAGGACGGCGCUCCUCCAUCACCUUCUCCAAGCUCCCACCGUCGCAGACGAUCAAGGUCCAACUCGGCCUUCGCUGCGGCUGCUAUGGUGCCUUCCAUUGUGGCUGGUAGUAUUGGUGGAUGGUCACCAAUCGAGAAACCCAGCGAGGAGGGUGCAACAAGAGUCCCGUCUCGCGGGGAAUCUCAGGACGGAGCUCUGGCUCCUCCACCCUUAAAUCCUAGUGACAACAUCCGAGAAGUCUCAUCAUCCUCAAGCAACGAGAAGACACUUUCCCCUCCGAAAAUUUAGGGUACAUUUAACCGAUUUUCUCUCUCUCGCAUCACUAUUCAUACGCGUCAUGGAUAUCAAGCAAUGAAGGGAGUAAGUCCAUUUCCCAUUUCUAUGGAGAGGGUACAAGUUGAUGGGGUUGAUCAAAAAAAAAAAAGCUCCUUUUGCUUUCGUCAUAGCAGCGUCUGGACGCUUAACUCUAACAGUAGCGGCACCCUGUCUCAAGCUAAUAUUGCGAACGCGUGAGAAAAGAAAUCCAGUAUCGAUUCAAACUUACAUUGCAUGUCCCAACCCUCUCUCCCGGUCGCUCGUUUUCUUUCUUUGUAAUCAUGUUUAGCCUUUUGUUCUUGUCCCAUUUUCAUCUUCGAAUCAUAUAACCUUUUUAGUCAGGGUUUUGCUUACGCACCCUCGUUCUGUAUCUCAUCGUGGCCGCGACAACCUACGUAUAUACCUACCCAUCAUACCUGCUUGUCUGCCUAUCCGUUGCGGUUUUCAUUUUUCUCUUUUCCCUUCUAAAAAAAGCCUUAGUUUUCGGCCGCAUAGACCAGAGGGUUUUGCCCAGGGUGUUUUUGCAUCUUUAUUUCACUCGCUCCAAGCCUUUUUCUUUUCUUCCAUUUUAUUCCGGAAAAAUCCCCCUGAUCGGAUUACGCGUCGGGUUGUUUCUGUUGGCAGUCUUUAGCCUUUAUGGUGGUGUUGAUCUGGUGUUGUGGAUUGGCUUGGAGCAACUUUAGACAGGAUGGGAUUGUAAAAUUAUUAAUGGGGGAGGUGUUGUGUAUAGCAUAACUUGCCGGUUUUCGUUAUUUCUCUCUUUGAACGUUGGUGCAUUUAUUAUAUUUAUCUAGACUUUCCUUUCAUCUUCUGGGAGGGUUGCUUCACGGCGGCGGCACGCGGGGGCCAAAGUUCUAGAAUUAACGAUCUGUAUUGCAAG